AUGAGCGAGGAGCUUCAAAUACCGCAAAUGGCUCUGCAUGCCUCUUCUGACCAGACCGAGCCUCCUCACAUUCCUCCGGUGGAGCAUGAGCCUUCGCCACCGCUGGCUGGUGAUGCUGUGGAUAAUGCCAAUGUCGAUAUUGCUCUGUUACAAGCCGAAUGGCGUCGGCUAAUGGACACAAAACCGGUAGAUGGCGAUGUAUGUUAUGUUAUACCACGCGAUUUCAUUCAGAGGGUACUUUCUCCGACCGAUUGCGCUUGUCUAAAGGAUUUUGCAUCUUUCGUGGGAAAGUUGGACAACACGCGGAUUCUUGAUGCAGCGGGGAACUUGUUUCCACUCGGAGAAGAGAAGGUGGAAACAGCAUUCGUGUCACCUGAGUUGUAUCGUCUGUUCCAAUGCCACUUUGGCCUGCUUGGGCCUCCAGUAAUUCGCAAUGUAUUGGUUGAUGCAGAAGGUAAUGCGGUUUUGGAAAGAUUUCCUCCGUAUUUUCUUGUCCACACAUUGUGCAAAAACGCUCCAACAACAAGAGCAAUCUCACAUAUUGGAGGCUUAGAAUCCCAUUCUAAAUGUGCAUUUCUGCUCUCGCAAACCAAAACAUUCAAGGAUUUGGUCGAUACAAUUCGCAAUCUCAUGAACGUUGACAAGAACUCAAGCUUAAGAGUCUGGUUUAUCACCACUGACAAUGUGGAAGAAUUGUCAGCAAAUAUUCCUGUCUCGUCUUUCAUCAACAAGAUACAGCAUAAGAAAAUCGUGACGCCACAAGUCAUGACGUUUCUGUUACAAAGCCAGGGUAUACGCUCCUCCAGGCUUCAUUUGGUGGUGGAAGUAAGUGAAAAAUCCAGCAAGAAGUUUAUUUUGGAUCAAGCCGUUGCUUCGACGUCCCUUUCCCUGUUCGACAUGAAUAAAAUCACAACGACUGGUGGCAACUUGGGACUAUCCAAUCUCGGUAACACUUGCUACAUGAACUCUGCUUUGCAAUGUCUUGUUCACGUUCCCGAAAUCAACUUUUAUUUCUUCUAUGACUUGUUUGAGAAGGAGUUGAACAGAAGCAACCCCUUGGGGAAUCUGGGCGACGUAGCAGUUGCAUUUUCUAAUUUACUUCAUAAGUUGUUCGAUUAUCCUGGGAGCUCGACAAGCCUGGUUACGCCUAGAGAAUUCAAGUACACAAUUGGUCGUUACUCAUCUAUGUUUCACGGCUAUCAGCAACAAGACUCUCAAGAGUUUCUAAGCUGGCUUUUAGAUGCUCUUCAUGAAGAUCUCAAUCGAAUUUAUGAUAAACCGUAUUGUGAGAAACCAGAACUCAAAGAUGAGGAUGUGGAGAAUCCUCAAGCAAUCGUGGACUUGGCCAAAGAAUGUUGGAAUCUACAUAAAAAGAGAAAUGAUUCUGUGAUUGUUGAUCUCUUCACAGGAAUGUAUCAAUCAACAUUGCUCUGCCCGGUAUGCUACAAAAAGUCUGUCACUUUUGAUCCUUUCAAUGAUUUAACUUUGCCUUUGCCUGUUAACAAGAAGUGGUAUCACGAAUUUACCAUUGUCGAUUUGAGCGGCUCUUAUUUAGACUCCUUCAUUAUGAAACUUGAAGUUGAGCUCUCUAAAUCCUCUACGUAUGAAGAUUUGGUGGCUUACUUGAGUAAACAUUUGGGUGUCCCUCGAGAUUUCUUGUUCCUUUUUGAGAUUUUCAGGAAUUUCUUUUACAAAGAUUUUCAGGAGGAUAACUAUCAACAGUCAUUUUUGCCCAUCAAUGAGAUUAUCGGUGACGAUGAUGCCAUCUUUGUGUAUAUCAUCCCAUACACACCUGAUGAUCGAAUCAUUCCGGUGAUCAACGUUGCGAAAGAUGAGGAUAGGUCGUAUGAUAUAACGGAACCAUUUGGUAUUCCGUUAUUCAUAGUUUUGAACAAGCAAAGCGAAUGCUCAAGGUUGCUGCAGAUCGAGAAGAAAGUCUCACUCAUUGCGAACCGUUUAUCUACGGCCAACAGUAGUGAAAUCAAAUCACAGGCAACCAUCGUGGGGGGUGAAGCUAGUGACGAAGUGAUGACUGAAGCAUCUGAAACGUCACAGGAAGAGGCUAAGGAGUCUUCGGCCCUGAUAACCGAUAGUCAAAGCGACGCUAAGUACGAUAUAAGGUAUUACAGGGAAGGAAAUCCAAAAUUCAGUCUGAGCUAUCGCAGGCAUGCCCGUCAUCAUGUGGGUCAGCCGGAAAAGAAUUUUGCGGAAAAGAUUUUGAAUAUACCGCAUGAGAGACCACAUUUUAAUAAUUUACCACUCUUGAUCGAGGCGUUUCUGAAGCCACAACGUCAAAAUCUGAGGCUUAGUACUGAAAGAAGCGAUAGUCUUGAACCCAAGUUGGAUGAUCAAAACCCCGAUGCAAACUUGAAAGUUUUGAGUGAUGAUGAGGAUGGUAAUCUUUGUACUCCUUCCAUAAUAGGAGAUGAUGAACAGCGUCUGAUUGGUGAGAACACUGACAAUGAAACCAAUUGGGAUAAUCUUGAUAGUAUGUUUUCUUCAGUUGACAAUUUACCACCAAUUGAAAAUUCUAAAUCUGCUGAAGGCACUUCUGAAAAAGAUUCAGAUCCUGAAAAGAACGAAAUAGACGGUAUCCUCCAAGGAAAUGAGCUUUUAGUGAUAGAUUGGAAGAGCCAUAGUUACCAAGACUAUUUCGCGGAUACGGAUAAACGAGCAUGGGAGAAUCUUGAUUACGUUUCUAAUCCAGAGUUAGAGGAGAACAAACGCAAGCUUGCGGCGCAGCAGAGAACAACUAUUUCCUUGUAUGACUGUUUACGGAAUUUCAGUACGCCUGAGGUAUUGGGUGAUCAAGAUUUAUGGUACUGUCCUAGGUGCAAAGAGCAUAGAAGAGCUACCAAAACUAUUCAGGUGUGGUCCACCGGCGAUAUCUUGACAUUUCACUUGAAGCGCUUUCAGAGUGCACGGUCAUUGAGCGAUAAAAUCAAUAUGGUUGUUGACUUCCCCAUUGAAGGUUUAGACAUGACAGAUUAUGUGACUUCCAGUCAAAUCUCAAAGCAACCACUCAUAUAUGAUUUGAUUGCCGUUGAUAACCAUUAUGGUGGAUUAGGUGGAGGUCAUUACACUGCCUCGGUCAAAAACUUUAGAGACAACAAAUGGUACUAUUUCAAUGAUAGCCGCGUCACUCCAUUAGAAGAUCCGAAGGAGUGCGUGACUGGAGCUGCGUAUUUGUUGUUUUACAAGAAACGAAGCAGUAAUCAAUUUGCUGGAGGAGAGUCAGUGGGGCAAUUUAUUGAUAAGGGCCGCAAUGAAUUUGAGCAAAAAUUGAGUAAACUCAAAGACCUGUUGCUUCAAGUCACAGAAGAACUUGGUUUAUACAGAGAACAAGAGGCCGUAGAGAGUGCAAACCUGUUAGAAGUGGAAAAUAAUGAGGAAGAAGACCUCUAUGAGGAUGCUGAAGAUGAUCUACAGAAAGUGCCAGCGCUUGCAUCGGCGAAGAAAUCUAGAUCUCCAGUCACAGAGCAAAACAUGAAAUUUGAGAACCAGCGCAAGCAAAGGCUAAUUUCGAAAGGCUCGGACCUGCCUCGCUCCGUGAACAUCAACUUGAAUUAUUCUUCAUCUACGUCAAACUUAGCUUCUCCUGGUGGAUCUACCGACGAUGAGAGAGAUGUGUGA